AUGUUUGGCAUUUCCAGAAAGAACAAUAAAAUUCCCGCAGAAGUCAAGCUUUUUCUCGGGGGACUCAGCGGGCAGUCAGAGGAGCGUUUUUGGGAAUUCACAGUCUACACAACAUACUCUGCCACCGCAUCAACAACUGAUCACGAACCACUGACUGGCGAUGCACUCGAUACAGCCGUAAACUCGCGCUUUCAAUCAUACAUUCAAGCAUACCUACGCUUCAACAUCGAAGAGCCAUUCGAUCUCAAAAUUCCCCUCAAAAUCGAGUUCAUCCGACUCCCUAGGGCAACUCUUGAUGGAGCACGAAUGCACUUUCGGGAUAGUACCGGUUGGCCAGUUACCUCUGAGCUCCGAGAACAAAGAUGGGACGAAGGACAUAAUAGCAUGCGCUACAACUAUCUCAUCAUCCUCGACGACGAAACAUUAACCACAUUACUGAAUGCGCCACCAGCCAUCACCACGCUCCCGAAUACCGAAGACUACUUCCAAACAACCAAACAAGAAGACAACAUCGUGAUUAAAAUCGUGGAUGUCCAUUACGACGAAUCAUGUGAUGGAGAAGUUCUCGCUAUCAGUUGUCGGAAUUUCACGAAGGGCAGUUCGGAUUGCGUUACGUGUUAUGGGUAUAUCAAGACGACGCCGAUUUGGUUGCAGUCGCUCUGGGUCUCGUUGAGUGAUAUGGGGUUUAAACAUGUUUUUAAGCAUAAGGAUGUUGUUUAUAGGGGUGGUGAUUUUUGA